CUCAGAACGAGCAUAGCCGCGACAUACGAGUGUUAUCACGCUGUCACGACCGACCUCGCCAUGACGUCGAUGAUGGCUAUUCGCGAGCGUGGAGUGAUUGUUUCUGUAGAGGUUUGUGCAUGUCGAUGAUCCGUUUCAGAAGUCGUCCAAGAUGUCCUCCGAACGUUGUCCCAUGCCAAGGUUCGUUGGACAUCGUGGACGAAUCUGAAUCCAUCGACCAAUCGAUUGUCUUUGUGCACAGCCACCUCGACCAAUCAAACGGGCACCCCAGACGCAGCUCCUUGCAACUAACUUACCAGUAACGUUAAUGCACAAUUCAAUUUGCGCUCAAGCACCAACAUGCAACCAACAAAGUCGUCGGCGUCUCUCUUGCUCUUGCAUCCAGUGGACUCUGUCGACUUGCCCAAACAAAUGCAAGCCAUGCAUCUAAUUGGCCAAAUCUCCACCACGACCGACGACGCGGCAGCGAAUGCCCUGGACGAGGGCGAUGACUGGGGCUGGUUUGAAGACUUGACCAUCCACGACGAAGCCCAAGUCGAGCGGUUCGAGUCGUUUCACCUCCACGACCUAUCGCAUCAAUCGUUUGAAUAACGAACACAUCGAUAAGCGUGUCUAUAUAUUUCGUAUUUAUAUCAAUCAUCAUUGCCCUUGAGCGGCUAAGCUUCUUCGAAAUCGAUCGAUAAUGCACCAGUACCGAUAGUACGUCUACAUUC